GUGGUGUGGAGUCCCCGAGUUGCCAUGAUUCAGCGUCGCACGAACAAGUUCCCUAUAAUGGACCGGAAACGCGCGGAGAAUGACCCAUACGCCAUCACGGUGACGUACGAGGGGCCGGAAUACCUGAGCGAGGAGGGCACUGUCUCUGCCCACGUCGCGUUUGAGGUGAAGAACAUUUGUUCUGACAUUGUCACGCACUUCUUCUACACGGAGCACAAGUACAUCACUCGGAUGGUGCUGUACUUCAAGAGCGAUGCGAGGGAUCGCCUGUGGUUCCUCUGGUGCGGCUCGCUGCGUGUGGCGGAUCGCAACACGCCGAGCGAGAUGCCUGUGAGCCUAGCGUGCAAGUUCGGCGAGCCUGGGCACGAGGGUGACCUUGACGAGGACGAGGUGCUGCGCACGACCGACAAGGCGUACUUUCUCGUGACACGCGACGAGUUCUUCUACGAGACGUACGUGCGUGGCAGCGGG